GGGGGCGGGGGGAUGGCCUGGACGGGGGCGGGCUCUCUGGGCCCCCAUUGGCUACAGGCCCCCCGCCCUACCAGGGCUCCCCCACCUUACCCCCCCACAUCAGUCUGUCCUGCUUCCAGCUGCUGCAGCCGCGCCUUCGCUGCCUCAGCAUUCAGCAGCCCCCUGCUCCGGCUCAGCAUGGCCACCCCAACACAGAGCCCCACAAAAGUUCCUGAUGAACCAGAUCCAUUUUACUAUGACUAUGCCACCGUGCAGACUGUGGGGAUGACCCUGGCCACUAUCAUGUUCGUGCUGGGUAUCAUCAUCAUCCUCAGCAAGAAGGUGAAGUGCAGGAAGGCUGACUCCAGGUCUGAGAGCCCAACAUGCAAGUCCUGUAAGUCGGAACUGCCCUCCUCAGCGCCUGGAGGUGGCGGCGUGUAGGACCUUCUGCAGAUCUCCACUGCUGUCCCUGCCCGGAGCACAGGAGCCCGGGACGAAGGCGGUGGGGACCCAGCCUGGCGCCGGGGAGUAUGCCCCCAAUGAGCCGCCACACCCACCCCAAGGCAGGAGCCACUGCACCCCGCUGUCCUUCCCCAGGCCUUGGCAACGACGAUCCCCCAAAGAGCCCAUUUGCUCCCCAGACUCAGAGACUCAGGCCUCCAGCUCCUGGGAUCCAGGAGUCUGUCCCCAGUUCCCUGGGGUCCUCAUUUCCCUUCCUCCUGCAUUUCCUGGUCUUCUCCAGGACCUUCCCGGCUGUCCCCUCAGGGUCCACGUGUUAAGCUUAAUAAAUGUGCAUUCGUUUUUCCCCGUUCUGUCUGUGUGUUGUCAUCUGUGGGCACCCAAGACUGGGUGGGAGGCUGAGGUGGUUGUGCUGUUUCUUCCUUCCUCCUCUUCUUUUCCUCCUUCUCCUCCUCAAGAGCCUCCUCUUCUCACCACAUCCUUUCCUCCAGACCUUCCCAAGGGGCCUUCCCUUCUCUUUACCCUUGUCCCCAUCUGUGUCCCCCCAGACCCUCCAGUGGAGGCCACCGCCCUCAGUCCCCCAUCACCCUCCACCGCUCCUGCUCCCACCCCUGCCUGUGGGGCCUGGAAGCCGGAGAGGAAAUGACUGAGCUGCUCUGGUCCCCGCCCGCCCUUGCCCGCGCCCCUGGCCACACCCUCCGCCCCGAGGCAGCUCCCACGCGGGACUCUCACUCUCCAGGCUAGAGACCCUGGGCGCCGACAUGUCACCGUCCUGUUGUUUGUGUCUGCUCACCUUUGUCGCCCUGAUUCUGCCCAGCAGAGGUUCCUUCUGGCUACAGGAGGUCAGAGAGAGGCUUCUGGGCACUCCAGUGGGAGGUGACAGGAUCUAGGUGAGGAGCUGCCUACAGGGCAGGGGCCAUAAUCAGUUAAUAUCACACACUUUUCAGAUGAGGCAAAGAGGGGGGGCUUCAGUGGUUCGGGACACACAGCAAGGAGGAGGUGGCUGGGAGCAGAAUCUGAAGCCAUGGAUGGACCUGGCUGGCUCUACCACUGGGCCUCUCCACGAGGCUAUCCUGCACGGAUAGCCAGGCUUGAUGCAUUCUUAGGAUCAUGGAGUCACCCAGCAAGGCUGUUUUCCCUGGGAGUCAGGACCUUCAGAUCUUCCAGGAGACUUCAUAAGGUCAGGCACGGUGGUCCAGGGGGGGAGUAUGAGGCCCCUUCUGACGGUUCAGCCUUGGU